AGUUCGGUUGAGUUCUUUGGUCUGACCCAAGUGACACGGGAACCACAAGAACUGUGAUGGCAUGCACAGCAUCUAGACAUGUUCCCAAACUCAGCCUGCAGAGUUUAUUAUUCAUUGUAACCUGUCUGUUGCCUGUGGCUUCUCACGGGCUGUCGGUAAACCUGGCCAGUUCCACCAGAUGCUUGCACAUCCCUAAGACGAUGGCUCUGUGCUACGACAUCGGCUAUACUGAGAUGAGAAUCCCUAACUUACUCGGGCACGAAACACUGCCUGAAGUAAUCCAGCAGUCCACCAGCUGGUUAUCCUUACUGGCCAGAGAAUGUCAUCCAGACGCCAGGAUCUUCCUUUGUUCGCUUAUUGCACCGGUUUGCAUGGACAGGUUUAUAUACCCCUGUCGCAGCCUCUGUGUAUCAGUGAGGAACAGCUGCGCUCCUAUCAUGGCUUGCUAUGGUUAUCCAUGGCCAGAGAUACUGAAUUGCAACAAGUUUCCCCCUGACCAUGGCAUGUGCAUUUCUUCCAUCAGCAACAAGACAGCAUCACAUAGAAGCAUGCCUCAAGCAAGCUGUCAAGACUGUGAAUUAGAAGAAACUACCUCAACAAAACAAAUACUCAAUAUAUUUUGUUCACAUGAUUUUGCAGUAAAAAUCAGAAUUUCAAAGAGAAACACGAGUUUUACCAAGAUCUCAGAUUUUGAGAUGGACAGCAAAGUGGAGGUCUUCAAGCACGGGCCCCUCCUCAAAACCGAGAUCCAUCCCAGGCUUCAGCACUGGCUUGACUUGGAUGCCACUUGCGUCCAGAACAUGACACGAGGCAACCGUACAGGAACUUUUGUAAUUGUGGGACGAAUCCAGGAUGGCAAAAUUUUAGUGUACAAGGUUUUCUUGUGGCAAAAGCGCAACAAAAAUCUCAUGCAUGCUGUUAGAAAGUGGAAACACUACAGAUGCCGCACGCAAUACUGAGAUAGAACGGUAUAUUUGUAAAUAUGUAUUAAGUAACUGUAAAGAUCCUAUAAAGUACUUUAUCUUUUUCAGUGCUGAUGUCCAUUCUUAAUAGCAAAUUACGAUCAAGAGUCAGAAAUUUAGAAUUGGGGCAGAAAGUGAUCUCUAUGAAAUAGAGGGAAUUUCGACAAGUAUCAAGGUGGAGUCUUUUAUUGACAUGAAGUCUGCAAGAUUUAUAAACAAAGUAAUAUCUACUUAUUCCCAGCCCAUUUGUUGUCUGUGUAUGCUCAAACAAUCAGGACUACACAGGCUACACUAGAUUAAAUUUACAUUAAAUUAGUACCUGUUUUAUCUUAACAAUC